AUGGCCAUCAGGGUGACCAACUUGCGCCCUAGCGACACCGAGGAGAACCCGUUUUGGUAUACCUUUACAGUGCAAUGUACAUCAUGCCGCGAGACACACUCAAACACGGUCGGUGUUAGUAGAUUCGAGAACAAUGAGAUGAGUGGCAGCAGAGGAGAGGCCAACUUUGUGUGGAAGUGCAAGAACUGCAAGAGAGAGUCUACUGCCUCCAUCAAGACGGCGCCCAAGGCUUAUGAGCAGGGAGAACCUCCCAAGGCCCAGUCUAUCAUUGAGUUCGACUGCCGAGGACUCGAGUUCACGGACUUCCACCCAGAGGGAACUUGGCUCGCCGAUGGUAUCGACUCUGGCACAAAGUUCACAGAGAUCGAACUCACAGAUGGAGAAUGGUUUGACUAUGACGAGAAAUCCGGAGAAGAGGUUAUCAUCAAGGACCUCAAGUGGAACAUCAAGAGAGCUUGA